AUUUGCUUUGAACAGAAGAAAUGGCGUUUACAAGCAUGGCAACAAUUUCUUUCAAUUUCCAUAAUUUUUAUAAUCUUCAACAUGUCUCUUUUAGUAGCUGUUGCUGCUGCUUUAACAGAACAAUCAAGUUUCACUACAACCAGCAAAUUCGGAGUCACAACUAUACGAGGAAGCCAAUAUCUGCACUUGCUUCAGGUUUGGAGGCAUCAAUUUCAGAUGCAGAUGACAAUGUGAUAGCCUUGAAAGAUGCUAAGAUUGUUGUCGAGUCUAGAGACGAGAAUAAGAUACAGCUUAGAGUGGAUGUUACUGGGGUUGAGACACAAAAGGCAUUUAAUAAGGUUUUGACAGAUUUGGCUCGUCAAGCGCCGCCAAUUCCUGGAUUUCGUAAAGAGAAGGGAGGAAAAACAACGAAGGUCCCAAAGAGUUUCCUGUUACAAAUUCUUGGUGAAGACCGUGUCAUGAAGUUUGUCAUCAAAGAAAUAGUUACCUCCACUGUAGCUGAUUAUGUAAAGGAGGAAAAUCUGAAUGUGAAAGACAAGAAGGUUAGCACAAGCCAAACAACAGAAGAGCUCAAAGUUUCAUUUUCUCCUGGAAAGGAAUUUGGAUUUAACGCAGUGAUGGAGUUAGAAGAAUCCGAAAAUUGA